AUGGGAACCCCCGAAAAUUCAGUUCAGCUCAAAGUAUUUGUUGACAAAAAGAAGAAAAAGGUGAUGUUUGCAGAAGCAGCGAAUGACUUUGUGGACACACUUUUUAGUUUGUUCACUUUGCCACUGGGAACAAUCGCAAAGCUCUCACGAAAGCAUGCAGACUCAAACGAUAUUAAAUUUGGAAGCCUGACUUCUCUUUAUAAAAGUGUUGUGAGUUUCGAUAGAAAGUAUAUAAUGUUGGAGGAUUUGUUGAUUAAUCCAAAGAAUUCAUCAGCUUCUAUAUGCAAGAAUCUUAAAGUGAAUCUAGAUGACACGGAGCCCAUCCCGCCUCAUUUGUCUUCGUUGUGGGGUUUUGUAAUGUCAUCAGCAAAUUUCAUAAUUACAGACGAUCUGAAUGUAAUACCACUCACGCUUGAUACAAUCAUCGUACUUUUUAAUUCUCUCGGUGUUGAAAACAUUAAUUUGCUAGAAGAGAGAACAAUGGAUUUUGGUUUCGAAGAGUUCUUGAAUCUACUCAUGUGGUCAUUAACGACGAAUAAUCCUUUGACAAAUCUGGUGCUUGGGGGAGAUGUCAUUUCAUCAUGGAGCAAGCAAGCAUCUUUCAUGGUUUAUAAUGAUCUGGAAGUAAUCCCCCCUCCAUCGAUAGCUACAUUCUCAAAGUUGAACACACUUGGUGUUCCUGUUGGUGAUAUGGAGGUUCUGGAAGUGAGCUUUGGUGAACAAGAGGCGCUUUCACUUCUCAAAGUUUGUCUCACCUCAAAUCAGCUUUAA